UAUACCCAUGUGGUUAUCUGAUUUGAGUGUGACCUGUAAUAUGCAUAGCAAAAGCCCCUGAGGGUUUUACACAGACUACAUCUAGCAGAGAGGAUGAAAAAAGCCCUGCCAGCUGACUGGUAGGCGAUACGGGACCUUUAAUGCAUCUGCAGCUCUUCAUUCAGAUGCUGAGUGGAGCAGCAGAUGACCAGACGAGGGAAGGCUUUUCAGGGAAAACCAGACACAGCCCAUGCACAUCUCGUUUCAUCUAUUUAUUUAAUUUACUUCUUUGACAAAAAACACUUGAAUGCAUGGUGAGGGAUUUCCCCCUCUGUCGUUAUUUCACGUUUAAGUGGGAAAGCGCCGUCCUGGAUCCAGACUGAGUGGAUUGCGGCAAGAGAAGCAUCCUGAAUGAUCGGAGCUCAGCAGCAGCAUCUCAUUGUAUGAAAUGCGUCACCGAGAUCCAGUUUACACAUAUCAGCUCUCCACUCACGGACUGUUUCCUUUACCGACUGUUUCAUCAGGUAACCACAUGCGCGGGCCGGUGUCACCGCGCUGAGCCCGGAGGACAGGAAGGGUAACGGGGUCAGAGAGACAAGAGACCGGGGGGACGGCGGACGGGAUGACGACCAGGAGCGCCGAGGCGCCGGGGCUGCCGGAGCUGCAGGAGCCGCCGGAGCCGCCGCUCCGCUGCAUGCACGGCGGCAACAACGGCACCUGCGCGGAGCAGCUGCGCCUCCUGCCGCCCUUCUCCUCCGCGCUGGCGCUGCUGGUGCUGGUGGCGGUGCUGGCCGGGGUCGUCCUCGUCUCCCUGGCAACCUUCCACUUCCACAAGAGGAAGCUCCGGAACAGGAAGAUCCUGCGCGCGCAGGAGGAGUACGAGCGCGACAGUCGCGACGGACGCGCCGCGGCCAGGAGCGCGGGGCCGGCGAGGCCGAGCGUCAUCGCGCGGCCCGUGCGGCGUGAGGAGCGUGCGGAGCGGCCGAGCCCCAGCGCGGAGAGCGGAGACGUGGAGGCGGAGGACGCGCAGGCGCAGACGGCUCCUCUGGACUGUUAACUUGAGUGUCAACUUCAGGGAAUGAGACUGUGGAAUAAAACAGGAAAAGCAAUAAGGCACAAAGAUCUCCCACACCCAUCCCCCCCCCUGCUUGUAGAUGAAUUAGAAACAAAAAAAAAAGCAGAAUACUGAGCAGAACAUUAGGCCUAGAGGUAACACUAGAAGUACGCAGGUUAAGCCUGAAUUAUGGUUCUGCGUCAACCCAACGCAGAGCACAUGCCGCCACCGUG